AUGUAAAAUGAUGAUUUGGAUUAACAAAAUACAUUCUUAGUGGAUUAUUUUAUUCAUUAUUAUUUUUAUUUUGAUAAUUUCAGAAAAUUAUAUUAAAUUCAAAUCAUAAUAAUAUUCCAUAUCAUCAUAAUCACAGAUGGUCACCCUUACCAUAUAAUCCUUUAAGAUUUGAUAAAUUAGCGAAGGAGGAAUACUAGAAUAAUGUAUCAGUUCAUAGAUAAGGUUGAAUAAGUCUAAAUUAUGGAAGGAAGAAAUCAAGAUAGAUGGAGAUUUGAUAUUUUAGAGAAUCUGAAUUGA